AUGGCCCAGCGGCCUAUUAUAUUGUUCAAGAUCCCAUGUCGACGAUAUGCAACAGUGGUAUUAACACAGCCUCGUUCACGAGUGGGACUGGGGACGAUAUCAGACAAUCCAAAGGCUACACGGAGACGAAAACGGGUAGGGAGAGGCCCCUCUUCUGGCAAGGGGAAGACCGCUGGCCGUGGUCAGAAGGGUGCAAAAUCACGACCAGGGAAAGCAAACCCGUAUCCUGGUUUUGAGGGUGGACAGACGCCACUAACAAGGCUAUUCCCCAAGCGCGGCUUUCACAAUCCAAAUCAAAAAAUCUAUUCAGUAGUAAACCUCGAUCGUCUUCAAAAUUGGAUUGACAGAGGUAGGAUAGAUCCCAGUCAACCCAUUACGAUAAAGGAGCUUGCUGAUACACGCUGUGUUCGUGGGGUUAAAGACGGAGUGAAGUUGCUCGGUGAUGGUGCAGAGUUUUUCAAAUCGAAAGUUGAUAUCGAAGUCUCUAAGGCUUCGAAGCAGGCCAUAGAAGUUGUUGAGGGAUUGGGUGGAACAGUCACGUGCAGAUACUUUAAUAGACUGGCUCUGAGAGUGAUCCUACAUCCCGAGAAAUUCUGGAGAAUACCAAAGUUUGCGUUUCCGACAAAGGCGCGCGAUAUUGCGUGGUAUUCGGAUCCAACAAAUAGGGGUUACUUGGCUGAAUCCCUUGCAAUAGAAACUGAAAGGGAGAUUCUCAGAAAAGAGCAUGCAGCAAAGAAACAAGCCAAGUCUUCCCUUUCUCUGGUUCAUUCGUCAGUUUAA